GCUGCACAACUGGGGACGCUCGCUGCUCUCGGCGCCCGGCCCAGCUUCUUUCAAAAUGUCUACUGUUCACGAAAUUCUCUGCAAGCUCAGCUUGGAGGGUGAUCACUCCACUCCCCCAAGCGCAUACGGGUCGGUCAAAGCAUACACCAAUUUUGAUGCUGAGCGUGAUGCUCUGAACAUUGAAACGGCCAUCAAGACCAAAGGUGUGGAUGAGGUCACCAUCGUCAACAUUUUGACCAACCGCAGCAAUGAACAGAGACAGGAUAUUGCCUUCGCCUACCAGAGAAGGACCAAAAAGGAACUUACAUCAGCACUGAAGUCAGCCUUGUCCGGCCACCUGGAGACCGUGAUUUUGGGCCUCUUGAAAACACCUGCUCAGUAUGAUGCUUCUGAGCUGAAAGCCUCCAUGAAGGGGCUGGGGACUGAUGAGGACUCCCUGAUUGAGAUCAUCUGCUCAAGGACCAACCAAGAGCUUCAGGAAAUUAACAGAGUCUACAAGGAAAUGUACAAGACUGAUCUGGAGAAAGACAUCAUUUCUGACACAUCCGGUGACUUCCGCAAGCUGAUGGUUGCCCUUGCAAAGGGUAGAAGAGCAGAGGAUGGCUCCGUCAUUGAUUAUGAACUGAUUGACCAGGAUGCUCGGGACCUCUAUGAUGCUGGAGUGAAGAGGAAAGGAACAGACGUGCCCAAGUGGAUCAGCAUCAUGACCGAGCGGAGUGUGUGUCACCUCCAGAAAGUGUUUGACAGGUACAAGAGCUACAGCCCUUAUGACAUGCUGGAGAGCAUCAAGAAGGAGGUCAAAGGAGACCUGGAAAAUGCUUUCCUGAACCUGGUCCAGUGCAUUCAGAACAAGAACUCCAUGAAGGGCAAGGGGACUCGCGACAAAGUCCUGAUUAGAAUCAUGGUCUCUCGCAGUGAAGUGGACAUGUUGAAAAUUAGGUCUGAAUUCAAGAGGAAGUACGGCAAGUCCCUGUACUACUGCAUCCAGCAAGACACGAAGGGCGACUACCAGAAAGCGCUGCUGUACCUGUGCGGUGGGGAUGACUGAGCCCAUGACAGCAUGAGCGCCAGGAGCGGUGUUCCUUUGUUUUCAGCUAACAGUUCUAGAAAAUAGCUCGUGACUAACAGC